GCCUCAUGUUGACAUUGUUAUUGAAAACUGCACACAGAGCGGGCCAGCCAGUAGUCAGUGAGUCAGUCAGUCACUGUGGCAGUAGUGCUAUAGAAAGGCUCAACGUAAAACAAGCUGACGGACAGCCAUCACCGCAUCCUGUUGGCUUUCUUAAGGCUUUUGGCUGUGCCUGGAGGGUAGCAGAUUAUUUUAAGCAGGAGUUGGGGGAAAAUCAAGAAGGGAGGAGGAGGAGAAAAGCCAAGAAGAACUGAGAAGCCUGUUUCUUCACUCCCGAGUCAUGCUGCUCCUGGACGAAUCCGAGUCGUUCACAGAUCAGUCCCACUGCGCCUCCUUCAGCUCAGAGAAUGAGGCUCAGGGAGGCGACACCGCAGCAUGGCAGCGUACCCCUCCGCCAUCUACCUCACCUUCAGGGGGGACGCCAGCCAACGCUCCCCCCUCACAACCUGCUUCAAGACCCUCCAGCCAAAGGACCACCCCGCCUGCCACCCAUACAGGAAAUAGAAAGAGGAGCUCCAAACCCUCGCACAUGAGACGCAACAUUCGGAAGUUACUGAGGGACCAUCAGCUGGAAGUAGUCACCAGAAGUGCUCAGCAGGAGGAACAACAGAGAAGGCAACGUCUGGGUGAUCAGAGAAAGCAAGAUUUCCCCAUACCACUGCUGCCUGAAUAUGAAACAGGUGAUGUAACAAAGCAUGUGUCAUCAUCAUCAUCAUCAGUGUCGCAGCAGGAGUUGCGACAGGGAGUCAUCUGCUUCGAAUCCAGUAGCUCCGGCACAUUCCAGGAUGUCAAGACCAACAUAUGUGCCUCCACCACUGAGCCCACUCACAAAACAGGUGCGAGUAAUCUGAGCCAGAGUGAGGAUGAUGCUAACAGCAGUGACUCCGCCCACCAUGAAAUAGAGCGUGAGCAAAGUGGCAUGCACGUCAACGACAGCUUGAAUCUGCCAGAUGACCAAGGACGGGUGCUGGUCAACUUGAACCAUCCGGCAACAGACACAGACAUUUUCCUGUCACCUCAGCUGGCACGAGCAGUGAAACCUCACCAGAUCGGCGGAAUUCGUUUCCUGUACGACAACCUGGUGGAGUCGGCGGAGCGUUUCAGCAGCAGCAGUGGUUUUGGCUGCAUCCUGGCCCACAGUAUGGGCCUGGGCAAAACGCUGCAGGUCAUCUCCUUCAUUGACAUUCUCUUCAGACACACAAAGGCCCACACCGUGCUCGCCAUCGUACCUGUGAACACGCUGCAAAACUGGCUGGCAGAGUUUAACAUGUGGGUCCCAGAUGCCGAGGCCUUGCCGCCAGAUAGCGACCAUGGCCUGGUGCAGCCUCGAAACUUCAAGGUUCACAUCCUCAAUGACGAACACAAAAACACAACAUCCAGGGCCAAGGUGGUGGAGAACUGGGUCCAGGAUGGAGGUGUGCUGCUAAUGGGCUAUGAGAUGUUCCGCCUCUUGUCGCUCAAGAAGAACUUUGUGUCUGGGAGAAAGAAGAAGUGCAAGAAAACUGCGGGGCCUGUCACAAACAACCUGGCUGAGGAGGACCGGCAGCAGAAAUUACUCACAGCUAUUGAGAGAGCCUUAGCCAGGCCUGGUCCUGACGUGGUGAUUUGUGAUGAGGGUCAUCGCAUUAAAAACUGCCAUGCCAGCACCUCUCUGGCUCUGAAGAACAUUCGAACCAAGCGCCGUGUUGUCUUGACGGGGUAUCCACUCCAGAACAACCUAAUGGAGUACUGGUGCAUGGUUGACUUUGUUCGGCCUGACUUCCUCGGCUCACGGCAAGAAUUCAGUAACAUGUUUGAGCGUCCCAUUCUGAACGGGCAGUGUGUGGACAGCACACCCCAGGACAUUCAAUUGAUGAGGUACAGGAGCCACGUGCUACAUAGCCUGCUGGAGGGCUUCGUACAGAGACGAGGCCACGAUGUUCUUAAGGACCAGCUGCCCUCUAAGGAGGAGCACGUGAUCCUAGUGCGCCUGUCUCCCCUGCAAAGGGCGCUCUACACAGAGUUCAUGAACCGCUUCAGAGAGGCGGGGAACUCUGGCUGGCUCAGCCUCAACCCGCUCAAAGCCUUUUGCGUUUGCUGCAAGAUUUGGAACCAUCCAGAUGUGCUCUAUGAAGCCUUACAGAAGGAAAACCUGGCCAAUGACCAGGACUUGGACCUUGACGACAUCACCUCAGCUGCACCAACAUGUUGUCCCACUGCCGCCGAUCAGAAGCCAAAGCCCCUGGAAACCCCUAACCCAAAUGAGGGAGUGAGUCUCAACCAUUUGCAGGAGAAGGCCAAUCAGGUCAUCACAUACGAAUGGGCGAAGGACAUAAUGUGUGAUUACAAGCCCGGCAUCCUGGAGAACUCUGCAAAAAUGGUACUGCUCUUCCACCUGAUUGAGGAAAGUGUCACAAAGGGAGAUAAACUUCUUGUUUUCAGUCAGAGUUUGUCAACUCUAACUGUGAUUGAGGAUUUCCUGGCUAAGAGGCCUGUACCGCGUUCUCCCAACACCUCCGCCAAGGACACAGCCAGUCAGAACUGGGUCCGAAAUGUCAACUAUUACAGACUGGAUGGCAGUACAACCACUUCAGAGCGAGAAAGACUAAUUAACCAGUUCAACGAUCCCAACAACACAUCAGCUUGGGUCUUCCUGUUGUCAACCAGGGCAGGUUGUCUGGGCGUGAACUUGAUCGGAGCAAACCGUGUGGUGGUUUUUGACGCCUCCUGGAACCCGUGCCAUGAUGCCCAGGCUGUUUGCCGUGUCUACCGCUACGGUCAGAAGAAGCAGUGUCACGUCUACAGGCUCGUGUGUGAUUUCACGCUUGAGAAGAAAAUCUAUGAUCGCCAGAUUUCCAAGCAGGGCAUGUCUGACCGGGUGGUGGAUGAUCUGAACCCUAUGCUGACCUUCACCAGGAGGGAGGUGGAAUCUCUCCUACACUUUGUCGAAGAGGACCCAGAGCUCUGCCAAGUACAGCUGCAACCUUGGGACAACAUGGAUUGCGUCCUCGGGAAGGCGUUGUGCCUCUUUCCACACCUCAUUACCAAGCAACCGUUCCCCCAUGAGUCUCUUCUCAUGGACCGCAGAGAGCUGAAGCUGAGCACUGCUGAGAAGAAGGCUGCCAAAAAAGGUUACGAGGAAGAAAAGAGGGCAUCUGUGCCAUACACUCGCCCUUCCUACGCUCACUACUACCCAGCCAGUGACCAGAGCCUCACCAACAUCCCCGCCUUUAGCCAGCGAAACUGGCGCCCACCUCACACUGAGAAGAAACUGGGGGGCAACGUCCGACCAGUCCAAUCUGCUCCAGUUCCCGCUGUUCCUUGCCAGGCGUCUGCAGGUUCGGCUCUAACUUCCAAAGACUCAUCACCGUCUAGCUUUGGAGGUUUUCCUGUUAGCUGCUUACAAAAAGCUGGAGUUUUUGUGCAGAAGAUUAUCACCACUACAGAUAUGGUGAUUCCAGGCACCAACAGCUCAACAGAUGUCAAGGCCAGAAUCACAGCCGGAGAGAGCAUCCAUGUCAUUAGAGGCACCAAAGGGACCUACAUCAGGACAUCAGAUGGCCGAAUCUUUGCUAUCAGAGCAGCUAACAAGCCUAAGAUCUCAGAGGAGAAUACUGCAACACCACACAAAGAGCCACAAGGAUCUGCAGAGGAGCAGCCAACCACUGGUAGUCGCGGUUGUCCCUCACCGGACCAAGAGCAGCCAGUAACCGACAACAGUUUGCCCUGCCACCUUUCCCCCGACAGCCCAGAGAUAAUCAAUGAGUUGCAGCGUUACGCUGCAGGUAAGGGGAGUCAGCCAGAAAGGGAGGACGAGAGCAAUGUGGACAAAAUGCCUUCAGCUAAACCGGCCCAAAUCAACAGCGACAGUGGAAAUGUGUCCCACCCUGAAGCCAGCAGGCCUAAUGUCAUCCAGCACAGUAUGAAUACCACAGCUGCACAAGACUUGAGAAUAGGCUCCAAGCGCAAAGCCUCUACUCCACUGCCGGAAGAGCGGGCUAGAAAGCAGCCUGCUGCUGACAAAAUCUCCACAGCCUCUUUAGCCUCACAGGGUUUCCCCUACACAGGCGGCUACGGCCUCGUUCGGGGCUUCAAUCCCGCCGUGCUGGGUGGCUCAUGGGGACACCCGCUCUACAUGGGGGCAGGCUCACCUUUCUUCCACUCUUCCCAUACGGCUGCACUCGGCGACCCAUGUUUCAUGCCGGAGCUGUUCGGUUUAAGCGCAGUCCCCACUUUGUCCUCCACCUCAACGCGGUCCACUUCUACUACCGCUGAUGUCUCAUCUUUCUCAUCGCAAACCUUCUCUUCAUCAAACACUUCCACUUUGGCUCCAGGAACCAUGCCGCCGUUCACGUUGAGCCCCAGCCUGGCAGGCAUGGCGGGGAUGCUGCCAUCAAGCUUCGCCCUCUCUUAUAGUCAAUCCCUCCCCAGCUUGUAUCAGGGGUCAAUGCUCUCCGGCGGGCUUCCAGGUCCAGCGGCCACCCCUGGCCCAGCUGGAGAAAGCUUUCUCUCACAAUACCCACCAACCGGCUCCAGCUCUUCCUCUUCAUCUUCCCCUUCAUCCUUUUCCCCGUCAGCACACUCUGAGGACCAGAGGCCCAGAGUAACUGUAAACGGCAGGAACGUCGGUAGCCCCGACAGCUCGGAUGACGAUGAGGAAGUCGUUGAAGUAAACAGUCAAUGAAAACAAUGUGUUUGUAAUGGGAGCUACAUCCUAUUUGGGGCAACCUUUAAAAAGAUCCUGUGAGGGACAACGGACAAUGCAGGAACGUCAGCGUGUCCCUUUUGUGCAAACUGCACAGUCAUGUCUUGAUGCUGAAUCUCUGAAGUUACCACCUGAAGAUAUAAAAAACAUUUUACAGGGCAGAAGACAAUUGGAGAAAUCAUAAACCUUGAGGCCUCUACCUUUGACCUCUAAUGCCUGGACAAAACGCCUGCAGUGACUGAAAUGGCCUUUUGUUGCUCGUCGUCCAGAGAAAACCAAAUGGCAGAUUUGCCUGGGGGAAAAUGAUUUGAUACGGUAAAUGGUAGUAAGGGUUAUUAUUGUGUGUGUGCAUCAAUUUGCAGGGGUGGGCAAAUAAUAUAGUUAAGAAUUAGAUUGAAUUUGGCAACGAUCAAUGCUUAAUCAUGUCUUGAGCCUGUUGACAGUGAACUACUUGACUGCAACCAGCAAAGGCGCUAUUGGUUCAGCUUCAGCUCGGUUUUUGGUGUCUAAAGCUUGACAUCACAUUUACACAGUCCUCUCCUGCGGUUCUACUCUUCACUAGCAGCAUUAUUUUUGCUCAAGUUGCUGGAUGGAAGGAAGAAUUCAUAUUUUCAUCUUGUUCAAAAUUUGCCCAUCCCUAAUUGCCACAUCCAAUCUUGCAAAAGAAGAUUUCUUCAACAAAUUUGAAAGAAAGCAGAACUUUUAGAAGCAUUUCGAACUUCUCUGCCAGGUGAGCAAAAUUGAAUCUUUUUGUUCUUGGAAAGACAGAUGAUGAGGUACAAAUGAUAAAACCUUAAUUCACAGAAUGUAUUCUUAAUCAAAUGCCUUUGAACUCGGCCUUUAUGAUAAAGACCCAUACUGAGGCAUGUGACAUGGGAAUAUCAGUUUUUCUGCAUUCUUUGUGUAUUUUACCUUUGCCUAAAAACAGCCAGGGGGAAAUGAGGAAAUACUGUGCUCUCUUAGUAGCGGAGAAACAACCACCAAUGGAAAAUGCCUUUUAUCUUUCUGAAUGUGAACUGUGAGAGAAAAGAUGCAAACAGAGUUGUUAAAAUCUCACCCACAGUCUUACUGUAGCCUAGUGACAAAUGAUGCAAAACACUCACUCAAGCCUAUAUACCGUAUUUGUACAUGCAAACAGGAAUCAAGGUGACCCACACCUGAGUUUAGGUUUUUGUGUCGUCGUUUGUGUGUUGUGAUUGCAAAUGUGUCAGAAAGAAAGAAAUUUGGUUGUUGAUAUUCCACCUUUUGCUCUGAUGGCUUUUCAGUGUUGAGUGCGUCACAUUUAUUAUAACUUAAUGUCUUGAAACCAUUCUGGGUGAGAGCUUUGCCAAAAACAGCACAUCUGUGACCUCGGUCAAAAAGGAUUGUGUCUUAAAUGACCAAAAAUAAAAACAAUACCAUGUUUCCUCAAAUAAUGGCCAUCCGUCUUGUAUGAACUUAAUGUGAUUUUUUUUUCAUUCAAACACAGUCAACUGCACUGUAUUUACGUUGCUCACCAAAACAGUUGAGAGAACUGCAAUUUUGUCGGAGGUUGAAUAUAUAGCAGUACUGAUAACAUUGUGUAAAAUCUAUUCCAAAAACAAUUUUGUACAAAGACCUCCCCUCCUCUGCAGUUGAGUAAAUAAACAUCCGUGGCUGCCAUUUGUGGAAACAUGCUAUAUAAAUACUGAACAGGCCCAUCAGGCAGAUUGACCUUAGGGUUAACACAACACUAGGCUCCAAAACACCUGUAUGUGUAGACAGGGCAAAGGAAAAAAAACAUUUUUCAUUUUGUGAUCAAGCCCCCUCUUAGAGCUGCAGUUAAUAUGCUGAUCAGAUUGACACCAGUGUACAAAUGUCCUUUGACACCAUUGCAUAUGUGACACUGUCCUAGCGUCAUACAAUAAAAAAACAAAACUUCACAUGAGUAAGUAGAGAAUUGGCAAAGGAAGUUGUAUUUGUGCUUCAUUCUGAAAUGGCGAGUUUACCUGUUUCAUUUUUGUUUGGGCAAUGUUUGAAUUUUCCAAGGUGAUUUAUUUAUUACAAUGAAUAUUUAUUCAUUCGUAUUUUUUUUUUAUAUAUCUUUUGUAUUUUUUUAAAUUUGUAUGGUCAUAGAACUUUUGUUGUUACUAAAAAUAAAAAAAAUAAAAACAUCUGGUUUUAAAAAAAAAAAAAAAGUUCUGUUCCAGAGCAUGUUUAAAAUACAGUUUUUGCUUCUGUGGACCAACCAAUCAGUAAGUGCAGGUGAGUGCGCAAGAAAUUUGGAGCGAUUAUCAUCCAUCCACAAAUGAUCUCUCAAAUGAUGCAGAUUUGGGUAACUGGUCAUUGGGUUGUCUUUGGUCAUCAUCAUUGAAUCUGAAACCCUUUUAUCUGUCUGACCACAGAUUCCCCCAUGAAAGUUAUGUAGUGAAUGCCUGCUCAAAAUUGGAUAUUAAAAUAUAAGACAUUUGCUUCACACAUGGAUAAGCACAAAUUAUAGAUUGUGCAGAGAUCAUCUUUAAUUAUUGUUGGAAGUGAUUUCUAUUUGUUUUUUUGUACCAGAAAUGGUUGAUGGCAAAAGCUAUGGGUGUCAGCUUGACAUUCGCUUUACCAACUGACUUUUAUUUUACAAAGUUCUCAACUUGAAUUUGCAUAUUUAUUUAAACGAAUCAAAGGAGUCUGAAUUCCAUUCGCAGUGACAAGCUUGAAACUGCUGUCUUGCAGGACUAAAUAUGGUCAAACUCUGAUGUGUAGCGAAUCCAUAGACUGAGUGUAUGAUCUUAAAUUACAGUGCUCUGAGUAGACAAGUUAUUUGUUUGUUUUAAGAAGUUUGACAAUAAAAGAAGUGUGUUUCAAA